ACACACGCCUGAAGCAGAGCCAGUACGACCAAUCAACGAAGACGUUUUUAAUAUUUAGUUUUAGAAAUGCAUUUUAAGUUACUUAUAUGACAUUUUGUGGUUUGCUAUUAUAACUACUAAUUCGGUUGUGUCAAUUAAAUACGUUUUUCAGCAUUACUUUUGUAAAAUGAAAGGUUGGUGAAACAUUGAUCUGCUUCUCUUGUCUGACUGAAGCUACAGACCACAGAGGAAACACGUGGGUUAUUAGCCAGAAGUGUUUCACCCCGGCACCUUGGAAAACAAAAUUACGGUAUUUAAUCUAAACACAGAAAAUGCUAUUGUUUCGCUGUAUUGUUUAGCUUUAUAACAUUACAUAUAGUAUCAUCAUGUUACGUUGCGUGCUCUUGAAAAGUCUGCAAGCGGGCAGCAACAACGUCAGCAAUCUUGUCAGGGUCGCAGCAUCGGUCUCAAAUGAAAUCCGCCCCUUCUCGGCCUACAUCUCGGACCAGAGUUGGCGAAAGACAGACUUUCAGUCAGCCCAAAGAUCUUAUUGUGAUUCUGUACAAUUUAGAGCUACAAGAAAGGCCGCUAUUUUACACGAUACGAGGUCACAUACGACCUCAGGCUACACCGAAGAGAUUGAAAACACGGAUGAAGGGGCCGACCACGACCAGUUUGGGGAAUAUGGGAGGGACUUUUCCUCCAGGACAAUCUUCCGUAAAACGUCCGCAGAGCAGCAGGAUCUGAAAUACCGAGAUACAAGAGAGGACGAUUCGGUGGUGAAAAAGUUUAAGUCCAAAACAGGCCGACGAAACACUCAGUACUGGUAUUUCCUUCAGUGCAAGAAGCUCAUCAAAAAAGACAAACUGGCCGAGGCGUUAGCGUUAUUUGAGGGUGACAUGCUGGAAGGAGAACGGCUCCAGCCAGAAGAGUACAAUUACACUGUACUCAUUGGGGGAUGCGGACGAGUCGGAUAUGUCAAAAAAGCCUUUCAGCUUUACAACAAUAUGAAGAAGCGAGGUUUAGAGCCAUCAGACGCCACUUACACCGCCUUGUUCAACGCAUGCAGUGAGUCUCCAUGGAAACAGACAGGCCUGGAGCAGGCACUGAGGCUUCGCCAGGAAUUGCGCAGGAAGAACAUUCUUCUCGCUGCUAUUACCCAGCAUGCACUGCUCAAAACCUUCGCCCUGGCUGGCGACAUGAAGGCCUGCUUUCAAGUUCUGCGGGAGAUGCUCCAAAAUGGGCAGCCCAUAACGCAAGAGACAUUUCAGUACCUGCUCAUGUGCUGUGUGGAAGAUAAGCAACAAGGCUUCAGACUUGCUUUACAGGUAUGGUACCAAAUGCUUAAUGCAGGCCUCAAACCAGACACAAAGAAUUAUAACCUCCUCCUCCGUGCUGCAAGGGAUUGUGGGAUAGGCGAUCUGACCUUGGCUUCUACGCUACUGUUGAAAGAGCAGAAAGAGCCCGCACAGAAGGAGUCCCCUCAGAGAAGUGGUCAGAGGUCAAAGGUCAGUGAAUGGAGCCCGUCUUCCAAGCCACUAGACAUGGACAUGUUUGAGAGCCAUCUGUUUGCAGCAGCCAUGUCCACUGACUCCCAUGAGCUGGACACAGCACCUCUUGGCCAGUGGCAACGUGGAGACUGGCCCUCAGAGGUGGAGUCUCCAAGUGGGGGUGAUACAGAUGCUCCGGCAGAGCAUUGCUUCAGCGUGCACACUUCGGACUCGACAUGGCAGACUCAACUGAUGCCAGUGUCCCCAAAGCAUGACCUUGCGCCCUGCCCUCCAUCCAGUCCGUCGGUGUCACCCAACUCCCGCCCCCUAAACCUCUUGGACCCGAGCACUUGUCACCCAGAUGUGGUUGCCUUGGGGACCGUGAACAGCGCAUCUGAUAGGCUGGCACUGAUGGGCAAUCUGGAAGGCUUCUUGAAUAAAAUGGCUACCGAUGGCCUGAGCCCCACCAUCAAAACGCUCACGCUGCUGGCUGACGUGAUGGAGCCAAGCAGUCAGUCUGUGCAGAGCUUGAUCUCUGUCGCUAAACAGAAUCAGGUGAAGCUGGAUGUGGCCUUUUUUAAUACUCUGAUCAGGAAGUUUGCUAAAGCAGGAGACCUGGAAGGAGCAAAGGCUGUGAAGGCCCUCAUGCUGGAGAGGAAGCAGGCUAUGAAUGCACAAACAUUCUGUGCCAUUGCCCUGGCCUGUAGACGCAAGACUGACGGGCUGCAGCUUCUCUCAGACAUGGAGGCAUGCGGCGUAGGGGCCAAUGUCCACAUAUUCAGCGCUCUGAUUGGCCAGGCAUCCCGGCGUUUGGAUUACGCCUACCUGCACGAGCUGCUGCAGCAGAUGCACAGACUCCAAGUCCCACCCAAUGAAGUCAUCAUCCGGCAGCUUGAAUUUGUAGUGCAGUACCCACCCACCUACGACAAGUUCAAGUCGAAAAACACCUACUUGGAGAAGAUAGACGGCUUCCGUGGUUUCUACAAAGAGUGGCUGAAGUUCAUGCCAGGCCAGGAAACUCCUCACCCGUGGGACAAAUAUCGCCUCCAACAAACAGAGGACCAACAUUAUGGAACUGACUCCCAGUCAAACGAGACCACAAAAGUAGUCAAUGAGGUCAUGAACUAAGGGAUUUGAAUAAUUUUAACCGAUUCCCACUAAUAAUUUAGUUAUGUUGCUCUUGUUGUUAAAUCCUGGACAGGGCAGGACUUCUAUGUGACAUCUCUGCUUUCUCUGAAGGGCCAGAACUUCAACCUAAAAUGCAGAACUAAGAGAUCAUUAUAGUUGAGGCACAAUUGUCUUCCUGUUGAAUUAAAUAAUCCAGUUAGAUCACAGAAUUGGAAUGCUCUGCCAGCCUGUGGCUGGGUGUACAUACAUACUGCAAAAAAACAUUUUCUAUUAAAAUGUUCAAAAGGAG